CCGCCCGCCCGCGCGCGCAAUGAUGGGGAAGACGCAGAAGUUCUCCAAGGGCCACCCGCUCGGCUUCGUGCCGGACUACCGCUACGGGGUGGAGACGGUGGGGGUCUCCAAGCCGCCCGCGAAUCACCCCGUGGCCCAAAGCGAAGCAAAGAGGAAAUGCGUCAACCUCAACACGGACGACGCUCCCGGGUUCAACGUGCCGCGGGUCUUCUUCGAGCUGCCCAAGAUGUCGGCCUCCGACAGGAAGGAGCUGGAGACGCGGCUCCGCGACGAGCUCGAGCAGGUCAGGGCCCUGCAGACCCGGCUCUUCUCCAGAGGAGCAUCUGCCGCCGCCGCGAGCAUGAACGGCGGAACCGUGUCGGCCGGGGGUGAUUUCAACGCCAAUAAAAAAGAUAGUAGUAAUCUCAGGAGGAGCAACUCGGUGCAGUCCGGCAGAGGGGAGCCGCCUUCGGUGGCCCGGCCUGUGGUUAGCUCCGUCAACUACGCGGCCUCGUUUAAGAAAUGCCAGGACCUUCUGAAGAACCUCAUGAAGCAUCGUUCUGCAGGCCCCUUCGUUAUCCCGGUUGAUCCUGUCAAGCUGUGCAUCCCUGAUUAUUUCGAUAUUGUCAAGCACCCCAUGGAUCUGGGCACCAUCCAGAAAAAGCUGAAUGCGGGCAUGUACCAUACGCCGUGGGAGUUUGCUGCGGAUGUCAGGCUUACUUUCAGCAAUGCUAUACUUUAUAACCCGGUCGGCAAUGCGGUCAACAUAAUGGCCCAUACCAUGAGCAGUGUUUUUGAACCUAGGUGGAAGCCGAUCGAGAAGAAGCUUCCACGGCCAGAGGAGGAAUCCUCUGUAGUAGAGCACUCAAGAAAUGCCGCGGUUGAGAAAAAUAUCUUUGACAAUAAAGACCCUUCUGAGAAAAAGCCUUCAUCAAAUAAAGGUUCGUAUAAGAAGAGCACCUUUCAGAAAGAGGAUGUGGUUGCCAAGCCAGUUUUGCAACCCAAGAAGAGGAAAGCCUCGCCUUUGAUCCAGGAUGCUCCUGUAGCAUCAGUGGUGCAGAUGACUCAGGUGGCUGAGGAUGCUCCAGUGGUACAGACUGCUGCUAUGGAGAUGAUGACAGAUGAACAAAAGGUUGAACUGAGCGUAAGGCUACAGUCAUAUGGUGGAUUCAUUCCAGAACAUGUUGUUGACUUCAUAAAGACGCAUGUGAAUGAUGAUAAUGAUGCUGAUGAAGAUGAGCUGACUAUUGACAUGAAUGCUCUCAGCGAUGAUACACUAUUUGAAUUACGGAAGCUUCUGGAUGACUACGAUAGAGUAAAUCAGUCUGGAAACACUACAAAAGAUGAGCCUCGUGAGGUUGAGUUCGAAAGUGAAUAUGAUGGACUCGUCAACCCAUCCAUGCAUCAUGACGGCAAUGAGCUUAUUGAAGAAGACAUUGAUAUUGGUGGGAAUGAUCUUCCACCUUUAGCAUAUCCUCCUGUGGUAUUUGAAAGUGAAACAGCAGACAGAAGCAGCAAGCAUAGUUCUUCUAGCACUUCUAGUAGUGAGUCAGGAUCAUCCUCCAGCGGUUCCGACUCAAGUAGCUCUUCUGGAAGUGACUUGGGUGUCAAAGUUGUUCCUCCACCAAAAAGCGGGGUCAAGGAGAACACCCAACCUGUGGUUAGCUUGGAUCAGGAAAAUGAUUCACAUAAUUCAUUGAAUACACGAGAAGGAAGUACUGACCCUGUACCUAUUUCUGCUGACGAUGAGGGGGAGAACUUGUCUGAGAAACAGGUUUCACCUGGAAGUUACCGGGCCGCCAUUUUGAAAAGCCGCUUUGCUGAUACAAUUUUUAAGGCUCGUGAGAAGGCUCUUGAUCAGGUUGCGAAGAAGGAUCCUGAGAAAGUUCGACGCGAGAGGGAGGAGCUUGAAAGGUUACAAAGAGAAGAGAAAGCUCGGUUACAAGCUGAGGCUAAAGCUGCUGAGGAAGCUCGCAAGAGGGCUGAAGCAGCAGCUGUUGCUGAGGCUGCUGCAGAAGCUAAACGCCAAAGAGAACUUGAAAGAGAAGCAGCUCGUAAAGCCUUGCAACAGAUGGAGAAAACCGUAGAAAUCAAUGAAGGGAGUCUCUUCUUAAAAGAUUUUGAAAUGCUCGGAACUGUCACAAGUGAACAGCAUCACAACUUGGUCGGUGAAAUGAGUCCAAGUCAUACGCCUGAGGCUCUUGGAUUUAACCUUGGGGGCAACCCCCUAGAACAGCUCGGACUAUAUAUGAAAAAUGAUGACGAAGAAGACGAGGAAGUAGGGUCGGAUGAACAAACAAUUGAUGUUGAGGAGGGCGAAAUAGACUGACAGCUUAUGGAUCAUUCUAUGAUAAACUGAGUGGGGCCUGUGGAGCUGUUUUUUGACGUUUUCCAUAUAUGAAGUGCACAUCAAUCUUGAUGGUACCAUUCCUCUACCGAAUGUAUGAGCUGUGCAAAGUCAAAUGAUUGGUUGGUCAAAUGAUUAUUAGCAGGCUUUGGAAACCAGUCUUCACAAUUGCGGAGUCGGAUGGAAUGAGCCUAUCUUAGAAUGGGUUUAUUGUCAGCCAUGAUGAAGUAAUGGACGCCCCUGUGAUUAGAUGGAGGAUUAUCUUUGAUGAUACUUUUUUGGAGGAAAACAAAAGGAAGGGGGGGAAUGGGUUGUGUCCUUGGCUCGUGAACACAUGAUGUGAGCCGUUUUGAUGGUAGUUCAGUGGCAUUUCCUGUUGUGAAUGUAAUCCUGGAAAUUGUACAAAGAGGUUGGUUGAUAGAUGGAAAAACAGUUUUAAGUUUAUCUUCUCUGCAGUUUCAUUUUCCAUUGCUUAAUCUCUUUUCCUGAACAUUGCUGGCUGGAUGUAUGGGGCUAUCCUGAGCAUACCUCGUAUUAGGAUUCAGGAGGUAAUUUUUUUUGUAGGAGGCGAGCUGCUU